CGUAGCCGCGCCGUGCGUCGCCCCCGGCCGGGCGGGGCGGCGUGGCGUGCGGGGAAAGAUGGCGGAGGCUUCCCCGCAGCCGGGACGGUACUUCUGCCACUGCUGCGCGGCCGAGAUCGCUCCGCGCCUGCCGGAUUAUAUUUGCCCAAGGUGUGAAUCUGGUUUUAUUGAAGAACUUCCAGAGGAGCCCAGGAAUGCUGAGAAUGGUUCCAGCUCUUCCGCAUCGACCAGCGAUCAGAGCAGGCAUCCAUUCGAGAACGUGGAUCAGCACUUAUUCACCUUGCCACAGGGCUAUGGCCAGUUCGCCUUUGGGAUUUUUGAUGACAGCUUUGAGUUUCCUGCCUUUGGGUCCAGUGGCCAAUCUGAAGACAACAGGGACGCCGAGAACCGGCGGGACAGAGAGCACCAGUCUCGGCACAGAUAUGGCGCAAGGCAGCCCCGAGCCCGCCUCACUGCACGGCGUGCCACUGGCAGGCACGAGGGAGUCCCAACGCUAGAAGGAAUUAUACAGCAGCUGGUCAAUGGCAUUAUUGCACCUACAACAAUACCAAACCUAGGACUAGGCCCUUGGGGAGUCUUGCAUUCGAAUCCAAUGGACUAUGCCUGGGGAGCCAAUGGCUUGGAUGCAAUUAUUACACAGUUAUUAAAUCAAUUUGAAAACACUGGGCCGCCUCCAGCAGACAAAGAGAAGAUCCAAGCGCUCCCCACCGUUCAGAUAACAGAGGAACACGUAGGUUCCGGGCUCGAGUGUCCUGUAUGUAAAGAGGAUUACACACUUGGUGAAAAUGUCCGGCAAUUACCCUGCAAUCAUCUAUUCCACAAUGGCUGUAUAGUCCCUUGGCUGGAACAGCACGACACAUGCCCCGUGUGCCGGAAAAGUUUAAGUGGACAAAACACUGCCACGAAUCCCCCAGGACUCACGGGGAUGAAUUUCUCCUCCUCGUCGUCUUCCUCUUCCUCCAGCUCACCAAGUAAUGAAAACUCGUCAAACAACUCAUGAAUCCUAGCCCAGCCCCUGUCCCGCGUUCCCUGUCCAUAGCCCUUCCUCCCUAGCCAACAUAAGCAACUAAGGGCCUUCCGGAGCGGAGCAAGGGGGGGAACUGAAACCCAGAAAUUCCCUCACGAGGCCCCUGGUUCUUCAGAGACGAGACACCUCAGGCUCUCCAGUGGGGGGAAGUUCUCUGAAUUCAUCGCGUCGCUGCGUGGACUCUUAAAACUGCCGUGAAAGGCCGUUAAGCUUCACAGAUUGGAAACCCAAGGUGCUGAGCGAUUGGCUGCGACUCCAAGUGGGGGAAGGUGGUUUGUAUGGUUUUGAGAUUCCGCUCUUUAUAUUCUGCCCCCCGCUCCUCCAUCCCUUAUGCUUUGACGUUUUAAAACCUUUAAAAUGACAGUGUAACAAAAUCUGGUUUGCUCCGAGGAUUUCCAAGUGGGGAGGGCGAGUGAGGGUGGGGGAGUUGCCACAGAAAAUGUGAACUCUUGGAAUAGACAGCUAUCCCUCCCUCCCCUGCCACGGUCCCUUUUUGUUUUCUUUAUAACUUCACCCUUCUCAUAGUCAACACCGAAAGGGUUUUUAUAAUUUUAAAUUAUUACUGCUGUUAAAUAAAUGGACAUUUCAGCUCAACAAAAAGGUAUGCAUGAUUUGUGGAUAAAUACAGGGUAAGCUCGUCUGAGUACUGUACUAUACCUUCCCAGCGGCAGGGCAGCCUGCCCUGAGAUCAUUGUGCCCUCGUUCCCUCCCCAGCGUGCCAUAGGCUGGUACACAGUGACUUCUUUAGCACUAGGUUCCUACUGACCAACGCCCGUGUACGUUGCCAGCCUGCAAAUCGUCAAGCGCUGUCGGCUGCGGGAUAGAAACUGCAGCAUCCGUGUUCGGUUUUUGUAUUUCUACCCCUCCUGCCAAUCCCUGCAGUCCUGCCCUUCUCUCACCCUGGAUGCGGAGUGUUGGCUGCAGGACUGGAAUUGUACCAGAGUGAGGACCAGCCAAACACCAUCGGGAUCAGAUCAAAUACAGAGCAAGGGACGCUUGAGAAAAAUGUAUUUCACAGCUACUUCAAAAUACAGCUGCUUUAAAAAUUC